AACAUUACACGCAGUCUCUGCUGGGCUCACUUCUGAAGAGGGACACCUUUUACAACUCAACAAAACAAACGGGAAUGACAUACAACUUUUUAUUUUCUAUUUUUUUAACCACGGAAACAGUCGAGACUGCGCUACAUUCAACCCAACUUUAACUUGUGUCAUUGUUUCUUUUUAUGUACACCGAAGGAGCUGCUAUUUAUCCUCGACACUCGUUAAAAGCCGACCGGCGAUUUGUGUAUUUCCCACCUGGAUUCACCGCGCAAGUACGCGCACCCCGUUGCCGUGUGCCGAACGCUGAAAGUACACGCGUGUUAGGAGCGCGCACGCUGAAAGUACACAGGGUCCUCUGUGGCACGCUUUCGUUCUGGGCGUUUUUAGGGUGAGGUGGACUUUCAUUCACCCGAAAAAUGCCGCAGUUGUCGGGCGGAGGAGGCGGCGGGGACCCGGAGCUCUGCGCCACCGACGAAAUGAUCCCGUUCAAAGACGAGGGGGAUCCGCAGAAGGAGCAGAUCUUCGCGGAGAUCUGUCACUCCGAAGAAGAGGGAGACCUGGAUGAGAUCAAAUCGUCUCUGGUCAACGAGUCAGAGAUCAGUCCAAACAGCAACAGUCACGACGCAGCUAGACAGUCCCAAAUACCACCAGACUCUUAUGAGAAGCACAGGGACCAUCCGGAUGAUGGCAAACUCCAAGACAUGUACUGCAAAGGAAAUCCGUAUCCAAGUUACCCAGGAUACAUCAUGAUGACAAAUAUGAACAAUGAUCAUUAUAUGAACAACGGCUCUCUCUCGCCUCCCAUUCCCAGAAUGUCAAAUAAGGUGCCGGUGGUCCAGCCAUCGCAUGCUGUGCACCCUCUCACCCCUCUGAUCACGUACAGCGAUGAGCACUUCGCUCCUGGGCCGCACUCGGGGCAUCACCCUCAAGACAUGAACCCCAAACAAGCAGGUAUGCCCAGGCAUCAUCCUGGACCUGACAUUCCUAAUUUCUACCCUCUCUCUCCUGGAGGAGUUGGACAGAUGACCCCUCCACUGGGAUGGUUCUCUCAUCACAUGGUACCAGGACCUCCUGGACCCCACGCCACAGGAAUCCCCCAUCCCGCCAUAGUCAACCCGCAUGUGAAGCAAGAACCACAUCACGACUCGGAACUGAUGCAUAUGAAAUCUCAUCACGAGCAGAGAAAGGAGCAGGAGCCCAAAAGACCUCACAUCAAGAAACCUCUCAACGCUUUCAUGCUUUAUAUGAAAGAGAUGCGCGCCAAUGUGGUGGCCGAAUGCACGCUGAAGGAGAGUGCUGCGAUCAAUCAGAUCCUCGGCCGAAGGUGGCACGCUUUAUCUCGGGAAGAGCAAGCUAAGUAUUACGAAUUAGCCCGCAAGGAACGGCAGCUCCACAUGCAGCUCUACCCAGGAUGGUCUGCCAGAGACAAUUAUGGAAAGAAGAAAAAGCGGAAGAGGGAAAAGAUCCAGGAACCUGCACCAGGUACAGGCCAAAGAAUGAAAACGGCGUACAUCUGAACAAUGGAGGAAAACGAAAUUCUUUUUCUUCUUGCAAAGCAAAGACUGGAGCUACAGGCCCCCUUUUAGAGAUGGAAGCCUGCUAGAUUCCUCAACCUCUCACCCUCUCCAUCACCCCUUGAUCCCUGUGGAAUUUCCAGAGGGUCCCGGUCCUCGCAAUCUGCUCCUCGGCCGCAGGCGACGCUGUAGAGACAUUGAACCGAGAACAGACAAUCAUCAACACAGGCCCUCACGCAGACCCGUGAAUAACUCGUUCCAACGUUCCUUUUCAUUUCUAUUCUUAAUUCACUCCCAAAGCCUAAGGCAUUGCACUGAUUCUGUUUUUGACCGUUUGUAGAGCGCACAUAUGACCAUAUGUAGACACACACUCACUCUUUCCUACACCUGUUCUUUAAGUUAUUCUUUAAGUUAUUUGGCACCUGUCCCUCGUGUGUUCACCGUCACCCCCUCACGUUCAUUCAUGCCUCAUAAAAUGUAGCAUCACAGGCGCCGCCUGGGACACCUCACGCCGUUCUGUCGCAAUAUUUAGGGAUCACGUGUUGCCCGGAAACGAUCUCUCUAGGUUGCAUUUUGCAUUAUGACGCGCCGGUGCAAAAAGGAUCAAUGUUGUUGAUUUAUCUGUUACAUCUUGGGUUUGUUUAUUUUGAAUGCUUUUUUAAUUCUCUUCAUUUCUUGGUGUAUAUUUUAAGUGAAUUUUUUAAUCAUUAUUUUAUAUAUAUAUAUAAUGGUAUAUGAAAAUAAGCUUGGAGACAGGAAAGCCAUUUUUCUUGUUGGAGCUUCUUGCAGAAAUAACAUUUGGAAGUCCUCUUUUUGAUAACUAUUUGUAACGAUUAUUGACCUCCGAGUCUUGCGCAGAUGUAAAAUAAUGCUCAAUGUGUACUUUUUAACAAGAUGUCUGGAUGUCACUUUUCUCUGUAUUUUUGCAGGCAACAUUAGGACUAAAGUGAAAGAGUAGGUACCCAGAGGCCUAUAUUUUAUUGAUCUAAAUUGACAAAUGAAGCAGAUAUAUAUCUAUAUAUAUUUACCCCAGCACUUGGUAGUCCUCCUUUUUAUUGCAAUGUACCUCUGUCCUCUCUGGUAGGUAAUUGAGUGGUCUUUCACCAUGUUUAUUCCAUGCAGACAUUUCCACAUUUUUUUUUAAUGUUCUUUUACUAUUUUCAGGUGUUUUUUUUUAACAUUCAUUGUCAUAUUUUGAAUUGUCAGCUUGGUUUAGCACUUUGCUUCCAAGUAGUCACAUCUGAACUGUUUCAACAUGUCUUUUUUAUGAAAAUAAAUAGGCAUCUUUGAC